AUGGAUAGCGACAGUGAUGACGAGGACAGCGAUGAUGAGGGGCUCCACGACCUGGACAAUGAGAGCGAAGACGCAUACUCUGGCAUCGAUGAGAACAGCGCCGGCGAAAUUUACGACGACAAUGCCGAUGAUGUAGAGGACAUGGGCCUGGAAGUCCUCAACUCGGCCAGGCGUAGCCCUCGCAAGUCUGCCGUCAGGACCGUUGACCCCCGUGCCGAAGCGGAGAGACUGAAGGCGGAGAAGGCCAAGCGCCUCCCCGAGUUCCUUGCCGGCGCCUGGAAGCUGGCACACGCUCCCCGCAAGGGCAUCAAGAGAGAUGGCAUCAUGGAGCGUUCUUGGAUGAACCGGAUGGUCGGCUUCAUGUUCAAGAACAACAAUGGCAGGCUGCGGACCACUUCCGGUAUGGAGCUCUACACCACCCGUGUUGUCCUGGACCAACCCAGGCCUGGGACACAGACCAAGGCGAGGUAUGGUGAUUGGUCAAACGAAAAGCACGGUGAGAACGAGCUCAACCUCAAGAACUCGUACAUCAAGUGGCUUUGGGACGACGGCAUACCUGGGCAGUCAGUUAAAGAGCCUCUGAAGAUUGAGGAUCGCCAGGCCGUCCGCUGCGAUGAAAACUUUGGUGUCCACCCCCACGGCAAUGAUGCCACUCACCCGAACGGCUUCGUUUGCUGCGAGAGCCGCCAGUCCCACCUCGAGCUCUACAUGAAGCUUCGACGGGAGGAGAUUCUUCGGGAAGAGGAGCUUUCCACCGCCGCCGAGAACGACAAUGAAGGCUUCGAGGGCGAUGAUGACAAUCUGGAGAGCCCCAGUCAGAAGAUCAGCCGCCGUGCUCGGAGCCAGCUGAUCAAACGCGACAUCACUGUCAAACGUCUCAAGGACGAGGUCUAUCCGUGGGAGUGUAACGACUUUGUCAUUUGCACCGAGUGUGAUGACAAGCAGAUCAAGCACUUGAAUCACAAGGCGGCUAGCGGCCACUUCGACGGUGCCCUGCUUCCUCUCUGCGACGACUGCGCGGUAGCCUCUCUCGACAACAACGGUUGGGGCUGCAACGGGUGCACAUGCGACCUGGAGCAUCGCUGCCUCCACCAUCGCAUCCAGCAUCUCGAGGAGCUGCAUGAGGUACGCAACCAAUACAUAAAGUCGCACCAAGUUGAGACGAGUGAUAAUAUCGAGAGGACUCCUCUGUGCCCGCGUUGCCAGAAGAAACCGCCGCCUGCGGUUCCGACGCAUUUCGCAUACAACUGUGUCAAGUGCCACAAUGAUGUCGUCAUCCCUGCUCCCGAGGAUCUCGAAGGGCAGUGGCAGCUCGGUCAUUCUACGCAUCAGCUCUUCGUCCGCAACCUGGACCGUCCAAAUAAGCAUUUGCUGAACUUGAUCCAGCUGGGGUGGAAUGAGAGGUGGAUCUCCUACUUCAGGCGCUUCGCUGGCCAGUCUCGUGAGUAA